AUCAAAUAAAAAAGAAAUGUUUUUUAAUUAAUUUUAGUUGGUGGUGCCUGCCGUCUACCGAGUUGAGGGGGAAGAGAGAGGGAAGGGGUCGGAGAGGCCAGGAGGGGGAGCCUGCAGCCACCAUGGAUUCCGACCUCUGGAUCUCGCGCCUCAUGGCCGCCAAACGGCAGUUCGCCCUGCAGCGCGCGCAGCGCCAGCACGCCACCCCGGCGUCCCAUCACGAGCGGUUUGGUUAUGAUGAUAUUGAACCUGAGGACGAGGGACGCUCAGACUUCUCAUGUCCUUACUGCUAUGAAGAUCAUGACAUUACAUCUCUUUGUACCCAUUUGGAGGAUGAGCACCCUUUUGAGUCUAAAGUUGUGGCUUGCCCAGUUUGCUCAGCCAGGAUUUCGAAAGACUUGUUGGAUCAUAUAACUCUUCAGCAUGGCUACCUGUUUAAACUGCAAAGACAUCACAGGUUACGUAGAGUUGCUGGUUCUGGCAACCACACUCUCUCCUACGCAGGGAGAGAUCUUCAGGAGACCUACUUAAAGGUGCUUCUUGGAAAUAGCGGUCGAAGCAGCAGUACCAAUACAUCUAGUUCAGUCACUGAUUCACUGCUAUCGUCGUUAGUUUUAAAUUUAUCUUCAACAGAAGCAGAAGAAACGUCAAAAUCUUCUGCUCCUGCUGUGGUCGAAAAUAGUUGGUUUAAAAGAUCACUACCUUCAAAGACUUGGAAGAUAAGUGCUGCUGAUUCCAACCUUAGUCAUGAAGAGAGGGAGCAGAGGAGGAGGCGAGCAGCAGUGAGAUCAGCCUUUGUACAGCAUAUCCUUGUCACUACCCUUUUCGAUGACUAGCAGAACAGAGCUCAUGCACCUGAAUCAUGUGGGCCUUUUGCCCACUCAUUUAUCUGGAUGAAUAAUGAGCUAAUAAUCUUCGGUAUCUCGAAGUUGUUCAUCCGACUGAGGCUGGUACCUGAUUCCAUGAAGCUCGACGAUAAACUGAAGAUGCGGAGGGCCUCUUAUAUGUUAUGGAAGCAGCUCUGAACCUUUGUUUUCCAGAUCAAAUUCAGACUGCUAGGCUAUUGACUAGUGUUCUUAUAGUAGAGUCUUAAUGUUUUUUUCAUUGUAUUUCAUUCUGUGCUGCAGGUGUCGUACCCUGUCUAAUUUGAUUAUUACUAUGGACAUUUGAAUGUUGGCUUUCCAACUUUGGUAUAUGCGUAUGAAAUCUGUCUGCCAAAUCCUUUAAGUUC